UGCUGGAUACAACGUCUGUGCUUGGAGAGCUGGGAUGGAAGACGUAUCCAAUAAAUGGGUGGGACGCCAUCACAGAGAUGGACGAGCUCAAUCGACCCAUCCAUACAUUCCAGGUUUGCAACGUAAUGGAACCCAAUCAGAACAACUGGCUUCGUUCGAACUGGAUUCCUCGACAGGCAGCCCAGAAGAUCUAUGUAGAGCUCCGCUUCACCUUGCGUGACUGCAACUCCAUUCCAUGGGUUUCAGGGACUUGCAAGGAGACCUUCAAUCUUUUCUACCAUGAGACAGAUGAGGCUCAUGGUGUCAAAUUCAAACCCUCACAGUAUACCAAGAUUGACACCAUUGCUGCUGAUGAAAGCUUCACUCAGAUGGAUCUUGGAGAUCGCAUUCUCAAGCUCAACACAGAAGUGCGUGAGGUGGGACCCAUGACCAGGAAAGGCUUUUAUUUGGCAUUCCAGGACAUUGGAGCCUGCAUUGCAUUGGUCUCGGUCAGGGUUUACUAUAAGAAAUGUCCAUUCACGCUGAGGAACCUGGCCUCUUUUCCAGAUACAGUUCCUCGUGUGGACUCUUCGUCAUUGGUGGAGGUGAGAGGGGCAUGUAUUGACCACGCUGAAGAAAGAGACACACCUAAACUGUUCUGUGGAGCAGAUGGAGACUGGUUAGUUCCAUUGGGAAGAUGUGUCUGCAGCAUUGGUUAUGAGGAGACGGACGGCUCAUGUAUUGCUUGCCAUCCAGGCUUCUAUAAGGCAUAUGCUGGAAACCUCAAGUGUUCAAAGUGCCCUCCACACAGUUUCAGCUACGGUGAAGGAGCUUCAAUCUGCCGCUGUGAAAAGGGCUUCUUCAGAGCCGUGAAAGAUCCUCCAACUAUGGCCUGCACACGCCCUCCAUCUUCUCCUCGUAAUCUGAUGUUUAACAUGAACGACACUUGCCUUAUGCUGGAGUGGUCCCCUCCCAAUGACACCGGGGGCCGGAGGGACCUCUCUUACAACGUCCUGUGCAAACGCUGUGGUCCUGAGCCCAACCAGUGCCAGCUUUGUGAGGAGGAGCUCCGUUUCCUUCCUCGUCCACUGGGCUUGACCAACGCCACCGUCACUGUCAUGGACUUCUCAGCGCACGCCAACUACACCUUUGAGAUUGAGUCCCAGAACGGUGUGUCGGACCUGAGUUCCUUCCCUCGGCAGGCGGCCAUCAUCACUGUCAGCACAGAUCAGGGUGGUCCCUCUCUGGUGGGGGCUUUAAAGAAGGACUGGGCGUCUCCGACCAGCAUCGCCCUGUCCUGGCAGCAGCCUGAAGAAACCACACUUCCUGUCCUCGAAUAUGAGGUCAAAUAUUAUGAGAAGGAUCAGGAGCAGCUGAGCUACUCAUCAACACACACCAAAGCGCCCAGUGUGAUUGUGUCGGGUUUAAAACCGGCAACCUGGUACGUGUUCAGUGUGCGCACCCGGACCGCAGGCGGCUACAGCUCCUACUCGCCAAAAUAUGAAUACCAAACAACCGGAGACUCUUCAGACAUCGCUUCUGACCAAGGCCAUGUGUUGGUCAUCAUCACAGCAGCGGUCGGUGGCUUUACUCUUCUCGUCAUCCUCACCCUCUUCAUGCUCAUCACUGGAAGAUGUCAGUGGUAUUUUAAGGCCAAGAUGACCUCUGAGGACAAAAGACAGACAAAUUACCAGAAUGGACACGUCGCCUUUCCAGGGAUAAAGACAUACGUGGACCCCGACACCUAUGAGGACUCUACACAGGCCGUCCACGAAUUCACUAAAGAAAUCGACCCGUGCAGGAUUCGUAUCGAGAGAGUGAUCGGAGCCGGUGAGUUUGGUGAGGUGUGCAGCGGUCGCUUGAGGACUCCAGGGAAGAAGGAGAUCGCUGUGGCGAUAAAAACGCUGAAAGGAGGAUACGUUGAGCGUCAGAGGCGGGACUUCCUGCGCGAGGCUUCGAUUAUGGGCCAGUUUGACCACCCUAAUAUCAUCAGGCUGGAAGGCGUGGUCACAAAAAGUAGGCCUGUGAUGAUCGUGGUGGAGUACAUGGAAAAUGGAUCGCUGGACUCGUUCCUGAGACAACAUGAUGGUCACUUCACAGUCAUCCAGCUGGUUGGCAUGCUCCGUGGCAUCGCCUCAGGCAUGAAGUAUCUGUCAGACAUGGGCUACGUUCACCGAGACCUGGCAGCUCGUAACAUCCUGGUCAACAGCAAUCUGGUGUGUAAGGUGUCCGACUUCGGCCUGUCACGUGUGUUGGAGGACGACCCGGAGGCUGCGUACACAACAACGGGUGGUAAGAUCCCCAUCCGAUGGACAGCCCCUGAAGCCAUUGCCUACAGAAAAUUUUCCUCGGCCAGCGACGCAUGGAGUUAUGGCAUAGUCAUGUGGGAGGUCAUGUCUUAUGGGGAACGGCCUUAUUGGGAGAUGUCCAAUCAGGAUGUGAUUCUGUCCAUUGAGGAGGGCUACCGGCUGCCUGCACCCAUGGGCUGCCCCGUGGCCCUGCACCAGCUGAUGCUGCACUGUUGGCAAAAAGAGAGGAACCAUCGACCCAAGUUCACAGACAUCGUUACCUUCUUGGAUAAACUAAUUCGUAACCCAGGCAGCCUGCUGCCACUGGUAGAGGACCUCCAGAGUCUUCCAGAAUCCCCGGGGGAGGAGAUGGACUACCCAAUGUUCAUCUCUGUUGGCGACUGGCUGGAUUCCAUCAAAAUGAGUCAGUACAAGAGUAAUUUCAUGGCAGCGGGCUUCGACACAUUGGAUUCUGUGGCAAGAAUGAGUAUUGAAGAUGUGAGGCGUAUUGGCGUGGAGCUCAUCGGCCACCAGAGGCGGAUCGUCAGCAGCAUACAGACCCUUCAGUUUCAGCUUUUGCACGAACAGGAGAAGGGUUUCCAUGUAUGA